GACAGCUUGAGUAGCACAUUUCUAGGUUGUUUGCAGUUUUAUCGUUUUUCGCUUAUCUAUUCACUUUAUAUUAAACAGUGAAAACCUUUGAAAGUGCAAUGGAGGCCAAGAAAGAAGAAAAUUCUACCCAGGAGAAGACACUGUUUGACGCUAUAGCCCAAGAAGACCUAACAGAAUUCAAGAACAUUCUCGCCCAAUACAAGGGCAGUGUCGAUAUGCUCGAUGAAAAUGGCAUGACUGCGCUCCAACACGCCGCUUAUAAGGGCAACAAGGAUAUGGUCCAAUUGCUCCUGGACAGAGGUGCGGAUGUGAAUACUGGUCAACACGAGUACAACUACACGGCACUUCAUUUUGGAGCAUUGUCUGGCAACUCCGAGGUCUGCAAGCUGCUCCUGGACGCAGGUGCUAAACCUACAGCAACUAACACUGUGGGCCGCUCCGCUGCCCAAAUGGCUGCCUUUGUCGGUAACCACCAUACAGUGGCAACUAUCAAUAACUUUGUACCUCGUAGUGAAAUCGCCUACUACUCUGUUCCGCAAGGGCAGCAGUCAGAACCACAUUUACCAGCAUUCCUAGUAGACCCUCUACAUAAGUUUGUCCUGGGUGUCAAUGUCCACCCUGUUAGAUUAGCAUUGAACAUUCAGCAUAUACCUGGGCUUCUAGAAAAUGCUGACAAAUGUAGCAAAGUAUUAGAAAUGUUGUGUAAGAAAGAAAUGACAAGAGGAGGAGAUACCAAUGAAGUGAUGGCAUUUAAGUAUCACUAUCUCUCAUAUGUUCUUAGAGAAAUACAUAAUAUAAAAGACAAGAAACCAAGUUCAGAUAAAGAGGACAAGAAACAUGACAUUGUGGAGGUGUUUUCAAAAAAGCUGCUAAAACCUGGUAAAGAUGGUGUGUCUCUGGAUCUGAUGGAUACAUUCCUGAAGGAUUGUGUGAGGGAGUUUCCUUACAGAGAGUGCACUACGUUCCACCAGAUGGUGUCUUCCCUGACCAGUAAAGACCCUCCUCCAGCAUUAACAGUGAUUAACUGCACAAUUAAUGGGCAGAGAGGGUUUGUGGAUGCUAUCCCCUACUGCAGCACUUGUGGGGAAGAAAAACCAGCAAAGAAGUGCUCUAAGUGCAAAUCAGUGCAGUACUGUGACCGUGAAUGUCAGCGUCUGCACUGGUUCGUACAUAAGAAGGCCUGCAACAGAGAGAGUAGUGCCCCUACAUCUACUGCCACUGGCAAAGCUAACAUUGAUGUCCAAGAGCUUUCAUCUGAGCUGCAAAACUUAGUAGCUGGAUAGAACCAUCUCACAGCAAAUUCUGGAUGUAUAGAAAAAUACAAAGCAAAAGUGAACUUAUAACACAUGAUCAAAUUAAGCUACAUCUGUGCCUCUAGUAAUACAGUCUGUCUUCCAGUGAUUUGCAGUGAUAUCGACUUUCCACAACCUGUUCUGUAUACUGUAUCUAAGCUAAAUCAAGAAAAUUUCCUAAUCAACACUUUCAAGAGGCCUCAUUAGAUUUAAAUCUAGAGUUUUGAAUAAAUGUUUGGUGUAUUCAGUGUCAUAGUGUGAACUUGGUUUAGAAUAUAGAUCUAUUAUGUAUCUGUGUGUAACUAUGUUUUGCAUUUAUGUAAUCAUUAUAUAAGACCUCGUAAUAUACAUAGGUAAUGUUCUUAUGUUGCUAUAUCCUCGUAACGCCGAAGCAUAAUUACGAUUUCGAAGUAAUAAACGACGGUGGUACCUUGAAAAGGACCAAAUUUUUGUAGUCGUAAAGGCCGAGCACUUCAGGUACAAAUUUUAAAGUGUUAGAGUUAUCCGAUCGGGUUCAAAUUAAGUGGAGACCUAUGUAAGGAUGAAUAGAAGACAUUUUUGAAAAAAUUACGUUUUUUUUUUAGUUCUUCCAGAAGGACUCCCGGUAUGAGUCACUACUUUUAGUAAAAUUUGAAAAAUAUUAUUAUUGUAAAGGGUUAUGUAUUUUUUCAUUAACAUACAUACCUAUUUGUACGUCAUAAAUAUGUGUAUAUACUUACAUAUUUAAAUAUAAAAUAAGUAACAAGUUUUAGUUUUUAUGAUGUAGUUUGUGAUUAGUCCCUCUGGAAGUACAUUAGGUUUAUAUUAUUAGGAAAAAAAAUAAUUCAUGGUGUCAGUUUAGAUCAUCAUUAGAAGGAAAAAGGAAAUAAAAUGAAGACGGUAGUUUUUUUUAAUCAUAAGAUCACGUAAGCAAGUCAGUCUAUAUCGGUAUGAUUUAAUCACAUAUAACAAUUUAAAAAACUUUUUGAAAAAUAUCCGGACAUGACACCUAAAGUCCCUUGCAAAGGACUAAAAAAGUUUGCUUUCAUAUUGCUAACGAUAUCGAUACAAAAUUGAUAAAAUAACUAUGUCAUGUUGUUGAUUAUUAUCUUACCUGCGAUUUCUGAAAAUAAUGUGUAUGAAAAACUACGAAAUUCGAUUAUUAACUUGAUUUUUUUUUACCUCGUCGCCGUGUGCGCGCCAUCUUUACCAAUAAAAUGACAAAUUACGACAAGUGAUACAUAUUUUUUUUUAUUAAAGCCACCUAUUCACGAAAUUGAAUGAACUAGUUCAUAGACAAAAUACUUUUUUUCUCAAUCGGCGCAAAGGUUUGAAUUAAAUUGACAGGCAAAGUUUUGGUCCUUUUAAAAGUACCUUCGUUGAUUAUUAGAACAAACUAUUUCAAAACCUUCGGCCUUUAUGACUACAAUUAUUUGGUCCUUCUCAGAGGACCCCAGGGCUUACGAGGAUAAAAAGAGAAUUUUAUAAUGUACCAGUAGAUCAAUGCACCAAAAUAAGACUAAGUUGUUGGAUUUGCUAUCAAUUUUAUGUUGAUGAUGACUAGGUAGUAUAUUGGAAUACAGUGAAUAUGUCGAAAUAAAUAUUAUCUCUUCA